AUGCAGGAUCGUCUCAACAUCAAUAGUCAAAUUGAGCACUUACAAUCAAAAUAUGUUGGUACUGGACAUGCUGAUACUGUGAAAUAUGAGUGGGCUACAAACCAAUACAGAGAUUCGCUUGCUUCAUUUGCAGGCCAUAACUCUAUGCUUUCAUACAUCUCCGUAGCUCAAAAUGAAUGCAAGGCUCGUGUCAAACUCAAUUUAUUAGAGAAAAUGCUUCAGCCUUGCGGUCCUCCUCCCGAGAAGGAAGAUUUAUAA